CACCAUGCUGUCCGCGUUUUCGUUAUAUCUGUUAUUUGCCUCAUUUAUGAUAGUGGAAUCAUACAAAGUUGUGAUAAAUGCACCACAGUCAGUGCAACGCGUCACUAUUGAACAGUUAUUAAACACAGUUUAUCCUAGGAAAAUAUCGAAAGAUUUGUACGUUAAUCCGGACAAGGCAGAAUACUUCAUUGGUGAUAUCCCCAUAAUUAAUCAUGAAAAGUACCAGUUGAAACGCAAUGUUAAAAGAGCUGUUACAUCUUUGGACUCCCGGAUUUGGGAAUAUGGAGUUAUACCAUACGAAAUCGAUAAUAUAUUUGACGGAUCCUACAUAGCUUUGAUGAAGCAAGCAAUGAGGCAUUGGGAAAGUUACACCUGCAUUCGAUUUGUUGAGCGAAAUCCUAAGGAACACGACGACUAUAUUUUAUUUACUGAAAGGGAGUGUGGAUGUUGCUCAUUUGUGGGUAAAAAAGGACAAGGGGCUCAAUCAGUUAGUCUAGCACCACACUGCAGAAAAGUUGGCACCAUUAUUCACGAAUUGGGACACGCCAUUGGGUUUUGGCACGAACACACAAGACCAGAUCGAAAUGAACAUGUCCAAAUUCUAAAUGACAACAUUUUUGAUGGAUACGAUAAUAACUUUAAUAAAUUGCCAGAGACUGAAGUAAACUACUUAGGCUUACCUUAUGACUACAACUCGAUUAUGCACUACGCCAACAACGCAUUUGCCAAAGGAAGUUUUUUGGACACAAUAGUUCCAAUAAAUUACAAGGGUGAAAAUCCACCCAUGAUUGGACAACGCGUAAAAUUAAGCGAAGGCGAUAUAAUUCAAGCCAACAUUUUAUAUAAAUGUCCCAGUUGUGGAAAAACUUUUCAGUCUGGUACAGGAGACUUUCGUCCAGAAAUUUUUGUAGAUAGAGAACCACCCUCAGAAGGAAUAUUUUGUGAGUGGAGAAUUACUGCUACUCAUGGGGACAGAAUUGUAUUAAAUCUAACGGACAUGGACAUAAACAAAUCACAGAAUUGCCAAACUGAUUACAUAGAAGUCCGAGAUGGGUAUUGGCAUAAGUCUACCUUGUUAGGUAAAUUCUGCGGCAGAGGCGCGUUCAUCAACAUUGUUUCCACAUCUAGUAGGAUGUUGAUCAAAUACAUUUCUAAGUACCCGAAGGGAUUUCACGGCUUUAAAGGAAAAUUUGAAGUACUGUGUGGAGGUGACUUGUUUAUUGACAAGGAGGGCACCAUAGAAUCUCCGGACUACCCACUAGAAUACCCAAUUAAUAAAACUUGCACAUGGCGUAUAUCAGUUCCAGAAAACUAUCAAAUUGCUCUCCGAUUUAAGUCAUUCGAUCUAGAACAACACGAAGCUUGUGCCUACGACCGUCUCACCAUCAGGGACGGAGCAAUGAACUCUAGUCCCUUAAUUAAAAUAUUGUGUGGAUACAGAAUACCAACAGAUAUUGUUUCUACUUCAAAUCAUCUCUGGGUCCAGUUUCACUCAGAUGCAAGCAAUACGAGAGGGGGAUUUGCAGCUACGAUCAUCAAGGAAAGAGACGAAUGUGCUUCUAAUGAUCAUGGCUGCGAGCACGAGUGCAUCAACCACAUAGGAUAUUACGAGUGCAAAUGCAGAUUGGGCUUUGAAUUUAAUUCAGUUACCAAGAAGUGUCAAGAAUCGUGUGGAGGGUUAAUCCAAUCACACAAUGGCACCUUAACAAGUCCAUUAUUCCCUGAAUUAUACCCAAUUAACAAAACAUGUACGUGGGAAAUUCGGGCGGAACCUAAUUAUGUUGUGUUUUUGAAUUUUACUCACUUCGAUUUGGAAGGAAACAAUAUCGAUAUGCAGGAUUGUGAGUAUGACAGAGUAGAAGUCUAUAGUAGUUUGCGAAAUAAUAAAAGAAAAAAACAUGGAAUCUUUUGUGGCACAAAUUUGCCAAAAAUAAUUACUUCCGAGGAGAACACAUUGAAUGUAAAAUUUAAAUCUGACAGCAAUAUUCAAAAAAGCGGCUUUGCAGCUGUUUUUUAUAUGGAUUUGAAUGAAUGUGCUAUAAAUAACGGAGGAUGCCAGCACAAUUGUAUUAAUAUGUUUGGUUCUUACAAGUGCACCUGCAAUAUUGGCUACAUUCUACACGAAAAUGGAAAAGACUGCAAGGAAAACAUUUGCACUUACCAAAUAACAAAACCUGUCGGUAAAAUUCAAAGCCCUAAUUAUCCAGAACCAUAUCCACCGAAUCAAGAAUGUGUCUGGCACUUUAAAACAGUGCCAGGACAUAGAAUAAGAGUUUUAUUUUCGGACUUUCACUUGGAGCAACAUCCACGUUGCUAUUAUGAUUACGUGGAACUGUUUGAUAGUGGAAAAGUAGGAGCUUGGACGAUGGGGACGUAUUGUGGUCCGAAAACACCUCCGGAACAGACUUCUUCUGAAAAUGAGAUGUCAAUGAUAUUUGUCUCAGACAAAACAUUUCAGAAGAAAGGAUUUGCUGGAACCCACGCUUCAAUUUGUGGCGGAUAUUUAGAAGCAACUUUUGAAAUUAAAAACAUUUAUUCCCACGUAAAAUAUGGAGAGAGCAAUUAUGUUAACGAGGUUUGCGAUUGGAAUAUCGUGGCAAAGGGACACUCCAUUGAAAUGGAUUUUGUCACUUUUGAAUUGGAGGAACAAAGCAGCUGUGAAUUUGAUUACGUGGAGAUUUUUGAUGGCCCCGAUUCAGGAAGUCCUUCUUUGGGCCGAUAUUGUGGUCGAAAGGGUCCAAGGAAAAUCAUUUCCUCUCAAGACGAAUUGUUCCUGAGAUUUAGAAGUGAUUUAAUUUCUGGGGGGGCCGGGUUCCACGUAACUUACAAAUCGGUGGAGGUUGAAGAAUACACAAAUUAAAAGUUUGUGCAUUCUUCAAUCUAUGUAUGUUCCAGCUUAUCACUUCCGUACUCUACUCUAUUUGGGAACUUGCGAAAUAUCUAAUGAUUCAGUUUAGGAUUUAUCUGACGCUACAUAACUGUCGGUUUUUGCAUAAUUAUCUAUGUGACGCUAUUAAGUAAAAGUUAGUUAUUAAUAAUAAUAAGGGUGUUUAACGUAAUAUCGAUAAUAUUAAAUUUAAUUAAUUAAAAAUGUUAGGUAGUAGAAUGUACAAAUAAAUUGUAAAAACUAACAUCUCGUAGAAAUAGAUGACUAAAGCAAAUAAAUAUAAAUAU